GUUUUGAGAUGUGAAAACGAGAUGUUAGUCUUGUGAGGCAUUCCGAGCCUGGUGCUUUACUCCGCGUGUACUCCGAUGUGGAUUGCAUGUACAUAUUCUCUCCUGCAAAUCUCAAGGUUGCGCAUCAAUCUUCCACUUUCGAAAACCCUUACCUACUCACACAAUGAGCGACUCGGAGCAGUAUGUUAUCCUCGAAGGCCUACCCACGCCGCAGGUCUACCACGAUCUCCGAAAGCUUGCCGGUAUGACACCCCCGCCACUCGAGGCCGUCCCAACGUCCCUCGCCAACUCCUUCGUCGGUAUUGUGGCCUACGAGCGCAAGCACAUGCUGAACGAUACGACACCCGGACCAGAGCAGACGGCAGUCGGAAUGGGUCGACUAGUAGGCGACGGCGCUCUCUUCCUCAUCCUCGUGGACAUCGCCGUGCAUCCUGAGCAUCAACGUAGGGGCAUUGGGAAGCGCGUUGUGCAGAGGCUAGUGGACUAUGUUGAUGAACACGCGCCAUGGGCGUAUGUGAGCUUAGUCGCAGACGUGCCGGCGCAGAAGCUGUAUCCGCAGUACGGGUUCAAGGACGUGAAGCCCAGCAUUGGCAUGUUCAGGAUGAAGAGAGGUCGGAGGAUCCAGGACGAGCUGGCAGAGGGCGCAGAGCAGGAAGCCUGAAGCAAAUCAGCUGGAAUUGGGGACACAGAUACUGGCGCAUCGUGUAUCCAUUCAAUGUUAUAGUAGCAGUGGCGUUGGCGUUGGCGCAACGAACAAUGCCCGUCAAUGAUACUGAAACCGCCGUGAGCUGGGCACACAGGGGUCUAUGCGGGGAGCAUAGCCAGCGGGCCCCGCAGGCACGCGUGUCGUUGGAGCGGACCAAAACACCGCUUUGUGCUUCGACAAUACAUUCAAGUCCAAGUAUGUCAUCCUUGUGAAUCUGGUUUCUCGCCUUUCUUGUCUGCAUGCGCUACACCCAUGGGCGUGCUAAAUCAUGUCCUCUGUGCCCCAUAGCACCUGUUCACCAUCUCCCCCGGAGGUCAAUCUGGA